CCAAUGACAGGGGACGGCAGAAUCCACAGUUUUACAGUUGCUGCACACACACAGCAAGGUGAACGUGAACAACAACAAAGACAACCAACAAACCAAAGCUCAAAGAUGAAUAUCCUGUCGCUGGUUUUUCUGCUUUUCAUUGCCGGCUGUGCCCUGGCCAAGAAUAUCAGCAUUGAUCAGCAUGGACAGCGGGUGUAUAGGGAUCAGGUGGAAGACGACAAGUGCCACUAUCACUGCACGGAGAGGGAUCCUUCCGUCUGCGCCACCAACGGACAGUGCCUGCUAAAGUUUGAGAGCCGCUGCAGCAUGGCCGCCUACAACUGCCGCAAUCCCCAGAAGCCCUUCAGCAUUGUGGAAGAUCACCGCUGCACGAAGGACUGGGAGCCCAGGUGCCUGGAGUCGGAUCUCAGAGAGUUUGGAUUGUAGAAACGGUUUUGGUUAUGAGGUUGUAGCAUUCAAGGAAUAAAUACAUGAAACUAAAAACGAAAC